AUGACUCCCCACCCUUUCGAUCAACUCUCCGUGCCGGAGAUGGAGAAGGUUGUGACCGUGGUCAAGAAGGCCCACAACGGCAAAACCCUCCACCUCAAGUCCAUUGGCACCGAGGAACCCCCCAAGGCCCUCAUGGCCCCCUUCCUGGCUGCUAAGCGAGCCGGCAAGAACCCCACUCCUCCUCCCCGAGUGGCCCACUGCAUCUUCUACGUUCUCCAGGACAAGCUCGUCAACCAGUGCUGGAUCGACGUGACCCAAGGCACCGUCAUCAAGAACGAGGUCAUCAAGAAGGGUAUCCAUCCUCCCAUCGACCCCUGGGAGGCCAACGAGGCCUUCGAGGCCGCUUUCGCCCAUCCUCUGGUCAAGGACGCCAUCAAGAAGUGUGGUCUUGAGCACCUCAUCGACAACCUGACCAUUGAUGGAUGGAUGUAUGGCUGUGACUCCGAGCUGGAGAUGCCCCGAUUCAUGCAGAUGCUGGUCUACUGCCGAGACCCCAAGACCAACCACCAGGACUCCAACAUGUACGCCUUCCCCGUUCCUUUCGUGCCUGUCUACGACGUGCUCGAGAAGAAGCUGGUUCGAGUCGACUUCUGCGCCACCGGUGGCGACGACGACGAUGCCGCUGUCAAGGGCGUCGGAAACUACGACACCCGAACCGAGGGCAAGAACUGCAUCGAGCACUGUGUCGCCAACGACUACCUGCCUGAGCUGCAGGACAAGAUGCGAACCGACCUCAAGCCUUACAACGUGAUCCAGCCCGACGGACCUUCUUACAACAUUGACAAGGACGGCUAUGUCAACUGGCAGAAGUGGCAGUUCAAAGUCGGAUUCACUCCUCGAGAGGGUCUCGUCAUUCACGACGUGCACUACGACGGCCGAUCCACAUUCUACCGACUCUCCAUGUCCGAAAUGGCUGUUCCCUAUGCCGAUCCCCGACCUCCUCUCCACCGAAAGAUGGCCUUUGACUUUGGUGACUGUGGUGGAGGAAAGUGCGCCAACGAGUUGACUCUGGGCUGCGACUGUCUCGGUACUAUCAAGUACUUUGACGGCAACGUCUGCGACCCCGAGGGUAACGUCUUCACCCGAAAGAACGUCAUUUGCAUGCACGAACAAGAUGAUGGUAUUGGCUGGAAGCACACCAACUACCGAACCGACGUGGUUGCCAUCACCCGACGACGAAUCUUGGUUCUCCAAACCAUUCUGACCGUUGGUAACUACGAGUACAUCUUCGCCUGGCACUUUGACCAGUCUGCUGGUAUCCAGCUGGAGAUUCGAGCCACUGGUAUUGUAUCCACCCAGCUCAUUGAUGCCGGCAAGAAGUCCAAGUUCGGAAACAUUGUCUCUCCUGGUGUUCUCGCCGCUUCUCAUCAGCACAUUUUCAACAUGCGAAUGGACCCUGCCAUUGACGGACACAAGAACACCAUCUAUGUCAACGACACCGUUUCUCUGCCCUGGGACGAGAAGAACCCCCAUGGUAUCGCAUUUGAGAACACCAAGACACCCAUCGAGAAGUCUUGUUACCUCGACUCGGACAUCCAGAAGAACCGAUAUCUCAAGAUCUGUAACGAAAACAAGAUCAACCCUAUCUCUGGCAACCCCGUCGGAUACAAGGUUGGAGGUCUCGCCACUGCCAUGCUAUACGCCCAACCCGGCUCCAUUGCUCGAUCCCGGGCUGCCUUCGCUACCCACCAUUACUGGGUCACCAAGUACAAGGACCAGGAGUUCUUCGCCGGCGGUGUCUGGACCAACCAAUCUGCCAACGAGAUCGGUGGUGUUCAGGAUGCUGUUGCCCGAAACGAGAACGUCCGAAACGACGACGUUGUCCUCUGGCACUCUUUCGGCCUCACUCACCACCCGCGAGUUGAGGACUUUCCCGUAAUGCCUUGUGAGAUCAUGAAGGUCCACCUCUCCCCCAACGACUUCUUCACCGGUAACCCCUCUGUCGAUGUCCCCAAGUCUAAUCAGACUUUCAACCGAUCUGUCGAGGUCAAGGACUGCCGAUCUUGCAAGAUGUAA